AUAAUAUCAAGAUUCAUAAAAAUAAGAGAAGAAGAGAUGUAUAUAAUAAGGAUUAAUGUAAAAGAAUGAGGAAUUUAGUUUUUCAAUUAUGUAAAUUAAUUGAAGCUGUAUUUCUUAAUUGAUUUAUUCCAUCUGUUGUCUUAUUUUUACAACUAUCUUCGAACUCAGAUUAAGUGUAUGAGUAAAUAAUCAUAAGAUAUUUCUUGUUCAAGAGUAUUAAAAAUAAAUUUUAUGAAAAUCUUAAUUUUGAUAAGUAUUAGGUGGGGUGAUGGAAAAAUUUAGAUUGAUAAAUAUAAUUGAA